GAGAGGCAGAGAAAGAGACGCAGACAGAGGAGUGAGGACGCACAGAGGAGCUGACGGAGCAUUCAUGACAUAUUGGCCGCUUAGAGUUACAGGGAUGCAGUUUUAGCCUUACUCCACCACUGGUUUCACUCCUGUUCCACGGACGCGAAAGCACCAAAUUGGGACAAAGUCAUUAUUUAAACCAAACUUAAUUGGAUUAAUUUAUUCUUUAAAUAUGGGCUUGGAACGAUUUUGCGCAAAAACGCCGGGGAUGGUAACGUUAGCCCUUCAUGCCCGCUCACUUCUUUGUAUCAUCGGGCUUUUAUCCAGUGUUUCUCAGCCUGUCUGUGAAGCCUUCAACUUGGACGUGGAGAACCCAGCUGUUUAUAGCGGACCUCAUGGGAGCUACUUCGGAUAUGCCGUUGACUUUUAUUUGGCAGAGUCAGCCAGUGCAAGUGUUGUUAUCGGAGCUCCAAAGGCCAACACACGGCAAGUUGAUGUGACAGAAGGAGGAUCCGUCUUUUACUGUCCAUGGAGCCUUAGCCAAUCAGAUUGUCACUCUAUAGAGUUUGAUGCAGAAGGGGAUCGCAAUGCUUUGCUCAACGACACCAAACAUCAAGUUGAUUUCAAGUCCCAUCAAUGGUUCGGCGCUACUGUGCGUUCCCAUGGUGACACAAUUCUGGCUUGCGCCCCUCUCUACUCCUGGAGGACUGAAAAGGACAUCCCCCGUUCAGACGCCACAGGGACCUGCUACCUCUCAGUCCAUAAUUUUACUAAAUUUGUGGAGUAUGCGCCUUGUCGCACAGAAAUCAGUGACGCAGUUGGACAAGGCUACUGCCAGGGAGGAUUCAGUGCUGAUUUCACAACGGAUGGCAAAGUGGUAUUGGGAGGACCAGGCAGCUAUUUCUGGCAAGGUCAGGUGAUAUCUGCAGCCAAAGAGAAUAUUAUCAAAGCAUACUAUCCAGGCUAUUUCAUGCAAUCUGUGGAUGGCCAAAUGCAGACUAAACAGGUCAAGGCUGAACACGAUGACAGCUAUCAAGGUUACUCUGUUGCUGUUGGGGAAUUCAGUGGUGAUCAAGUUGAAGAUUUUGUGGCUGGCGUUCCAAAAGGACUCAUGCUUUAUGGUUCGGUGUUCAUUCUAAACGGUACAGAUAUGAAGACCAUGAUUAACUACACUGGUGAGCAGAUGGGAGCAUAUUUUGGUUAUGCUGUGGCAACAACUGACAUCAACAACGAUGGGAUGGUUGACCUGCUAGUGGGAGCUCCUAUGUUCAUGAUGCGAGGCUCCGGUGGGCGCCUCGAAGAGAUGGGAAGGGUCUAUGUUUACCUCCAGCAAGGGCCGCUGAACCUGGAGCUCAGUGAACCACACCUCACAGGCACGCAGGUGUUUGGGAGAUUCGGCAGCACCAUUGCACCCUUGGGAGAUCUGAACCAGGAUGGUUUUAACGAUGUAGCCAUCAGCGCUCCUUUCGGAGGGGAUGAUCAUCAGGGACUCGUCUACAUAUUCAACGGAUACUCAGGAGGACUCAGGGAGAAGCCAUCUCAGGUGAUCGCCGGCCAAUGGGCUGCAGGGACUAUUCCUGCUAGCUUUGGGUUCUCCCUUAGAGGCGCUCAGGACUUGGACAUGAAUGGGUACCCAGAUCUCAUUGUGGGUGCUUUUGGUGUUGAUAAAGCAAUUCUGUAUAGAUCCCGCCCAAUAGUUAACACCAGCGCCUCUCUGACAGUUUCCCCGGGCAUGAUCAACCCUGAGGAGAAAAACUGCAUGAUUGUUAAUGGAAACACCAGCGUUCCUGUUUCCUGUGUCAACCUGAGUUUUUGCUUAUCUGCUGAUGGGAAGCACCUUCCAGGCAUUCUAGAUUUCCAGGUGGAGGUGCUGCUCGAUAGCCGUGACCAUAAGAAGAAAGGUGCAGUGAAGAGGGCUCUGUUCUUGGAUUCCCAGCAGCCCUCGCUCCACAAGAGUGUGAGAGUGCGACAUGGCGAGCGCGUGUGCGACCACAAAAAGAUCUACCUAAGAGACGAGAAGGACUUCAAGGAUAAACUCUCCCCUAUUUAUGUGGCCUUCAACUACAGCUUGGAUCCAAAAGCAGCAGCUGACUCCCAUGGCCUGCGACCCAUCUUGAACUAUCAGACCACCAACGUCAUUGAGCAAAAGGCUCAGAUUCUUCUGGACUGUGGAGAGGACAACAUCUGUGUUCCUGACUUGAAGCUGGCAGUGGUUGGGGACAGGAAGGAAGUCUACCUGGGUGACGACAACUCGCUGACCUUGACUUUCAACGCCAGAAAUGAGGGUGAGGGAGGGGCGUACGAGGCAGAGUUGUAUGUGGUGUUGCCUCCUGAAGCUGAUUAUAUUGGUAUCGCCCGAAAUAAUGAGAGUCGGACCCAGUUGACCUGCAGCUACGAUACAGAGAACCAGACCCGAUACCUCAGCUGUGAACUGGGCAACCCAAUGAAAUCUGGAACCAGUUUGAUGGAAGGUCUUCGCUUCACAGUACCGAGAGUGAAGGACACACAUAAGACAAUUCAGUUUGAUCUGCAGAUUCGAAGUAAAAAUGAGAAUAAUUCCCACAGUGAGAUUGUGUCCUACAAGCUGGAGGUGGUCGUCCAGGCAGAAGUAAUUUUACAAGGUGUGUCACGACCAGAUAAGGUCUUCUUCCCACCGGCCAACUGGCAGGUGACCAAAAACUAUGGGACGGAGCAGGACAUUGGACCUGGAGUAGAACACAUCUAUGAGCUGGUGAACAAUGGGCCCAGUCGAAUCAGCCACACUCUACUUACCCUGCACUGUCCCCUCAACGUCCAGAGUAACCAUCUCCUUUACCCAGUGGAGUUCUCCACAGUGGGCCCUAUCAACUGCACCUCGGACCAUAAAAUAAACUCGCUGAGCCUCAAACUCCAGCGUACAUCUACAGAACCACCCAUUCUGGCUUUGAAAGGUAAUGACCAUCGCGUGGAGAAGAGAGAGGUCCACAGGAAUCAACUUUCUCAUUUAACUAACUUGUCUUGUUCAAAUGUGGAGUGCUGGAAGCUCCAAUGCACUGUGGGGCUGCUGGAGAGAGGGACGACCGCUAUCCUCAAAGUGCGAUCCCGCGUCUGGGCUGAGACCUUUAUUGAGAGAGCUUACAAGCAGUAUGUGCUGGAAUGUCUGGCCAGAUACAGUGUGGAGAAGAUGCCCUAUGCCAUCCUACCAAAACAUUAUCCAAGUGGACACAAAAAGGUGUUGACACCCGUGGUAUGGAAUAAACCAGAUAUAGAGAACUCAGUUCCACUUUGGAUAAUUAUAUUGGCUGUUUUGGUCGGUUUACUUCUUCUGGCUCUACUCAUCUACAUCCUAUACAAGUUUGGUUUCUUCAAGCGAUCCGUCCCUUAUGGCACUGCCAUGGAGAAAGCACAACUCAAACCACAGGCUGCUUCUGAGGCCUGAAAGGCAACCAAAACUACCACAACCACAGUACCUGGCCAUAUGAUUGCAAUGAAGAAAUGAGACUGAAACAUUUAGAGAGGGUCCGAGAGCAGUUGUGAGAAGAUGGAGAGACCACUGGAACUCCAAUGUGCUGCACUAGAGGAAGACAAGAAUCCAAAGAUCUCCAAGCCAAAUGAAUGUUUUUUCUUUUCUUUUUUAUUUAUGUAUUGUUUGUUGGUAUUUUUGGACUGUUACCAAAAAUAACUUUUAUCAAAGUCACAGGUUGACUGACUCAAGGCUAACAUUAGUCUCAACGAGAACAAAGUGAAUGCGGAAGAAAUAAGGCAACUGUCCGGCCAGUCUGUGGAUGGAAGAAGAUGCCUCUUGCGUUUCCUUAUUUCAGCUUCUUGUGAUGGAGAGUUCUUUAAUACCCCUUUAACUGCCUCAAUUUGGUGCUAAUAACUUGAUGUGUCCACUGUCACAGAUGGGACGUGGCCAUAUGUUGCUUUUGGCAGGGGCUGUGAACCACCUCCUGGAGGGGUUUCAGUAUAUUCCUUCUGAACUCACCUUUUACUGAUACCAGAGACCAAUCAAUAAGUGAAAUUAAAAGCAUUAACCUAGCUAUAGGUAGAUAUCUGACCAGGAAUUUGAUAAUCAUUUCAACCCACUUAUGUCCUGGGUGUUUCCCCCUGUAUACGCUGGGUUUGGCUCCAGCACCCUGCAGUCCUAGGAUCAGAGCGUAUAUUGACUGUUCAUGCAAAUGUUCUCUCUCUGCCUCAGGUUGGUGGACAGUGCUAGGCUGAGUUGCACUCAAAGGAAAUCUACUGAUGUAAAUCCAAAGACACCAAAGACUGACUGACCUUCCUUUGAGUUAUGACUUUAACUCCUACUGAUCACUUUGUUUAAAUUCUGUUUGUUCAUGUUCAGAGUUACCAAUGCUGGCAUCGUCGUUACUUUGUAGUCAACUGGGAUGGGACUGGAACCACCACAGACUUGUGAAACCUCACAUUAGGCUUUAAGCAGUGUGGUGCUUCUGUUAACAAUUACAGUGGUGUCUCCCAGAGAACAUUUUUGCUGUUUUUUUUUCUUUUUUUUUGCUCCUACCGGUAAAGCACAGAGACCGAGUGCAAGGAAAUGAUGCUUUGGGGGAGCCACAGAUUUGAUAGCCAUGACAUAAUGAUGUCUUGAACCAAAGACAUGACAAUCAGCAGUGUUGUAGCCUUGACAGGUUUAGACAGAGAGCAGGCAGGAUCAUCACUCUUUGUGAGUGUGAAGGAUCCAUUUUCAGCUUACAGUGUGUGUUACUGUGAGAUACUGUAUUUUUUUUUUUUUUUAAUUGUCUUUUGCAUAAAGCCGCCCAUGUUUAGUAAGAUAACUAUGUGGUUCAAGUCACCCCACUACCAAAAGACUACAGGGACUGAACAUUAAAAUGCUUUGUAUUGGUUUCUUUAAUUUGUCAUGUACAUGAAUUUUAUGUGCCUUAAGUGUAAAUACUUAUUGUCUGCGGGUUAGCGUUCAGAAUGUGUGUAUCUGCGUUUGCAUGCAUCUAUGUGUGACUUUAUGCAUACAUGCAUUUGUGUGAAUGGUAUAUUUAUGAAUGUUUGUUUUAUGUAUGAAUUGUAAUUACCUUCCCAGUGCUUAGUCCUGUUCAUCCCAAUCACCUCUGUAGCAUGAGAAUAUAGAGGUUAACACAUUCUGCACUCCUGUUGAUUAUAAAUGCAGUCAGUAUUCAGGAAGAUCUGUUCAAGUGUGACAGUAAUUCUCAUUUUUCUAAAACCUCAGUGACAUUUGUCAUAAAAAGCCAAAAAAAAAAGUCUACUGUCCAGAUGUGUUAGUGUUCUGCAGAAUGUCAUUGUGUACCUCUUGUAAAGG